GUUAGCCUGACGAGCAUCAAGAUCUGCCAUGGGUGAGUGAGAGCGGCCCUGAAUCGAUACAAUCACCGAUGGAGGACUGCUCUCUGCUGCGCUCCAUCAUCUGCGAGGCCAUGCACGCCCAUGGACACGAUGAACAGGUGACCCUGUUCCGCCUAUUGGAGGCCUACGACAGGGUGCUGCAGCGAGCCGCCAUUCACCCGCAGGGCGAGCAGGGCAUCAGGCUGUAUCGCAUCCUGCUCCGGUGGGCACGGCAGCCUGAACGGGACUGGGCCACCCACUAUCACGCCGACUUCCCGCACCAACCGCCCAUCGUCGUGCAGCGCCACCAGGAGCCCUCCCACCCCCGUCGCCCUCCCCCUCCCGCCCCUCCACCAGCACUUUCUCCCCGAGUGUACCCCCCGCCCCUGCGGCCCUACCAUUCAAUGUCCCUGUCAGCCAGCCAUCCGGUGAGCCGCCCACCCCUCACCCGCAAUCGCAGCGCGUCGCCGAUGGUCGGCCAGUUGGUGCGGCAGGUGGCACCUGUGGCGCCCCUUACCACUCUCACACCGACAGCCCCACCUCAUGCAGUGCACGGCGGGCGACCUCUGGCUGCGGAUCUUGUGGAUCGCGCGCCGGAGGAGAGGGAAAGGGAGAAUGCUCUGGCAAACGGGCAGGCGGAUGCUUUCAGGGUAAGUUCGGGUGAAUGGGUGGGUGGGUGAUGGGUACCAAUCUUCUCAUUUCUGAUUGCUGUCCCCUCCUUCGUGUUUGUGUAUGUAGCGCGAGCAAUUGCUGCUUCGGUCUCUGGGGAGCUGGCGCGGCCAUCAUGCGAGCACACUGGCGCUGCGUCACCGUCUGCAGAGUGCGCGGCAGCACCGCUCACAUACUCUCAUAUACUGCGCCAUGAAGGCGUGGGCGUGCCACACUGUCGCCAAGGGGGCGAGGCGGCGGAGGGCCGAGGAGGCGGCGAGGAAGCUACACGUCGUCCAUGCCAAAGGGCGGCUCAGACAAUGGGUGAGUGAGCCGUACGGUCGCUGACAGAGGGAGAGGGUCAGACAGGGAUGAGACACGUACGGCAACACACCCACCCAAUCCAAGCAUCCUCUCUGUGCAAUGGUGUCUGGCUGUCUGUCAGCAUCGGUGGUCGUCUGUUCGCCACAGUCGCGGUGAGCGUCUGCAGGGGAUAGUGAGGAUGGAUGGCACGCUGAUGUUGCGGCGCUACUUCCGGCUGUGGCGGCGUGCAUACCGGUCGCAGCGAGUGCGACAGAUGGCCUGGCUGAGGUCAUGCUUCGCUGAAUGGAGAUUCGUCGCCGCUCAAAUGGUGCGUACAGGACUCACAGGACAUCUCCAUAUGGCAAGCAUGUGUUACCCAUGCUUCUGUCUGUCAGCGUGCCAUCCGGUCGGUCCAGCAGCCCUUCACCCGCAUCCUCACCCUCAAGCGCAUGCGGACGGCCCUCCACACCCUCCGCACCAACACGGCAUCGCGCCGCAGAGCAGACCUGCUGCUUGUCAAGGCGCAUACGCACUUCCGCAGACGCGUGCUGGCCCAGGCAGUGCGCGUGUUGGGUGGCCACCGUGAGCGGCGGGCGGUGCGUGCGAGUGAGAGGCGGCGUGAGGAUGAGAGGGUCCGUAGGUGGCGGCUGGGCAGGGCCACCACCAGAUGGAAGAGGUGUGUUAUCUUAUAUAUCCUGGGUGGGAGGGGCAUGAUGACAAAACAGACAAGACGACAACCAACUGCACUUUUUUCCUCUCACGUGCCACCCUUCAUUGAUUUCGUGUCGAUAUGUACCAUGUGCUAUGCAGGUGCGUGGCGUCACAUCGAGCCAUGAUGUCCCGGUACGCCGCCAUCUCUCGUCGUCGAUCCCACCGUGAGCUGCGACAGUGCUUCAUUGUAUGGGUGGUGGGCUAUCACCGCCCACAUGUGGCAAGGAGACGGCGCCACGCGGCCAUGGUACGGCAACUGGCGGCGAUGCGUCUGCGGCGGCGGUGGGAGGCCUGGCGGACCGAAUUCUGCUACCGUGUGCACAUGGAAGCCACAGUACUGGUAAGCCUCGGUAGGUGUCGAUCGAGAAUGCAUGCCACAUAUAUGUAUGCGUGUCUGGGUGGUGUCAGCGUGCGGAGCGUCGUCGUCUGAGUCGUCUGGCCCUCCGUGCGCUCGAGACGCACGUCAGCUACCGCAAGUGGACCAAGGCAGCCCACAAGGCGGCCUCACUACUCUGCCAGAGAAACAGGUGGGUGGGUGGGUGGGCACAUGUACAAACAUCACACAAGAAAUACAAAGCAAAUGCCCCCCCUCUCCCACCCUGUGGAUCCAUGCGUGCCUGUACGCACCUACAGGUGUCUGAUGGUCCUCAACGCAUGGCGCCUCAUCGUGGCUGAGAGCCGCGCCGUCACGCCCCUCACCUCCCGCACACAGACGUGGGCCGCCAUUCGAUGGAUACACCACACACAACACAAGCUCCCCUCACCUGCCAAUGCCACCUCUGAGAGGCAUGCGAAACGGCUGUCUCUCGGCGACUACGUGGGCAACCAUGGGUGUGCGCUGGCGAUGGUGCCGGCGUGUAUGGGGGUGCACGUCGGCAGACUCAAGAGAAUGGUGCGCGACGGCAUGGAACAUGUCGUCAGACAGGUAUGGUCGGAUAGAGGGAGAGCGGGCACACGACAACGGAGCGGGGCAAACACAUCCAUGGACGUUUCCUCAUGCUGUUGCGUGUCUGUCUUCUCUUCCCCUCCCUCCGCUCACUCAGUCCGUUCUAUCGCACGUGCUGUCCCGUUGGCGUGCAUCGACCAGAGCCGUUAGGGCCUUCAAGCGAGCCGCCACGCACCGCUACGUCCGCCGCACCCUGCUCGCCAUGCACACCCUUACACAGAGACGGCGGAUGGCUCGGUACGUCUACUCCGUGAGGGCCAUGCAGGUGGCCCACCGGAUGCAGCACGAGUGCUUCGAGCAGUGGCGACAGAGGUGGGAGUACUUCACACACUUCCGUGACCGUGUGCGUGCCUUUCGGGCACAUGUGGCGGCGAGGACGGUAAGGGGGUGCUUUAUGGGCUGGCGGGUGGUGGUCGUCCGCAAGGAGGCACUGAGGAUCAAGGAAACGUGAGCACACUGGCAGAGGAGAAAUGGGUGGAUGGGUGGGUGGGUGGGUGAAGUUGGUGGUAUUCGCUGUGUGUCUGUCUGUCUGUGUGACUUGUGCAGCAUGAUGGUCAACCGGUGUGCGCAUCGCAUCAUGAGGGCGACACUGCACCACAUGAUUCGGGCGUUCAGGGUGAGCGACCUGUGAACUGCAUACAACGCAACAACGCGAUAACCCAUACCAUUGUGUCUGUCUGUCUAUCUGCCUGUCUGUGCAUGUGUGCAGGUGUCUCAGCGUGAGAGGGCCCUAGUGGAGACCGCCCGUCUGUUCCGCAGACGCAGCUACCUGCGCAGAGCACUCACCGCACUCACAGCACUACUCAGGUCUGUCUGCACCAAAUGCACCCGCCCCUACGGAAAGGGAUGCAUUGCACAAUGCAUUGCAAUACGUGCCUCCGUCUCGGUGGUCGCAGGAGUGCUCGCCACGAGGGUCACCUGGAUGAGGUUGCGGGUGCGGUUCGGCUGGUCAUGGCCCUCCGGCAUUGGCAUCAUGCGGCCAGGACCAGGCGGAGGUACCGAUUGGCGCGUGAGGCCUUCAGGCGACGGCUGCAGAGGCGGGCGGUGUGCACCGCCCUCAUCAGAUGGGCACACAUGGCCGCCAAACACAGGCGCCACACCACACUGGUAGGCCACAUACAUCCAGGCAAGUGACUGGUGGAGGUCAUUCACUUGUUGACGUGACGUCAUGUCCUUCUGUGCAGGUCCUGUACAGCGUGUCCAGGUGUCGCUCUCGCUGUCUCAUGGAUGCACUCACGACGUGGCAGCACUUGUAUCGCCGCAGGAGGGUCCUCAGAGUGCUCGAGGCCCAGGCAGACACAUUCCACAAGAGGUACGUCAAUGCAUCUACAACCGAUAAUGAAUGCGAUCCAUUUGCCACACUGUCGCACUCAUCUCAGGUGGUACAUGCAUCGCGUCUGGUGUUUGUGGCGGCGACGUGUGGAGAUUUCCCACAGGCUGGUGGCCAUCCACCGUCUGUUGCAGGGCGCCUUCAGCCGAGAAGCCAUCAACACAUGGGCUGACUGGACCACUGCUGCCGAACAGGUACCCAACCGGCAACCGCAUCAUCACCCCUCAUCGAGCCUCUUGGCUGCCUUGUUUCCCUUGCCCUCAGCACGAGGUGCGCAUCCAUGGCGUCCUGCUGGUCCGCCGGUUCCGCAUGCUGAUACACAAGUGGCACACCAUCGCACGCCUCCCGGCCAUCCAGGCGCAGGCUACCGCCGCCACGAGAGCCAUCCGUAUGCAGGAGGGCUUCACGAGGCUGCACACGGCCGCCAGGGCUCACCGUGCUGCCAGGGGGGCCUCCCAUCGGCUGCAGACGUGGGCGCACCGCUAUCGCAUGCGGCUGUUCUUUGACACCCUGGUCUACUGGCGGUCAUACCGACAGCGGUGCCGGGCCAACGCCAUCGCCAUCGCACAAAGCCGCGAUCGCAAAGAGGCUGGGAGGGCAAUGGAGGCGUGGCGCCACAGAUGGGAGCAGAAACGCCGUCUGAGGGCCCUGCUGUCCCGUUAUGUGGGGGAGAGGAGGGCGCACCGGCAGAGGGAUGCGAUGCGCAAGUGGAGGUUUCGAGUGCGGGUGCUCGGUGCACUGCGGCGGUGUGCCGAGAGAAGGCGAAGAAAUGGUCUCGCGCUCUGCGUGAGCGCCUGGGGUGGCGUGGUGGCGGAGAGACGUGACGAGAGGGCGAGGCGGAGGCGCAUCGAGGGGCUUGUGGCGAAUCGCAGACUGGCCGACACAUGGGACGAAUGGAGAAGCAGAUUUCUCAACGCAAGACGGUAACCAACGAGGAAGACUGGACGGACAGAGACCAGUUCAAUGAAGAAAUCUCAUGUUGCCUUUUGUUCGUCCAGUGUCCGUCUCGCCAUCGCCGCCAGUGACGCGAGGCGACGCCGCACCCUCCUCCAUACCGCCAUCCACACAUGGUACUCCCCCCAUCACGCCACACAGACAAAUGUAUGUAUCAGCCUAUCUCCCUGUCCGUGUAUGCAUUCCCUUCUCGCCUGUCUACUGCAGGCACACCAUAGCGUCCAGACGACGCCUGACAGCCGCUCGCGGGGCCAUGGUGGCAUCCAUCCACGCGCAGCGGCGGCUGUGUUGUUCCUUUGCCCAGUGGGUGGGUGCGGCUCGCACCCUGGUGGCGUGGCGUCAGGCCGCCCACCGGCUGAGUCGCCUCUGGCGCGGGGCCAGGCUGCGACGGGCCAUCGUCACCUGGGCACACGAGGAGAAGUAUAUCGGGCUCCUACAGUCUGCCGAGCAUCGUCUGCUGGCCGAGUAUUGCCGCCGUCUGCAACGCCGCGCCCUCCAGGCAUGGACCACCCACGUGACCAUCCGGCACUCCAAGCGGGCAGCCAACAUCCAGGCCGACGCCGUCGCAGCACGGUUCGCCGUCCGUCGUCACCUGAUAGCGUGGCUGAGCUGCCUGGCCGACCGCAUUUCAGCCCGGCAGAGGCAGUCGCACUUUGACGACCGGUCCAGGGGCUAUCUGCUCCGGCGUGUGCUGCGGGAGUGGCGGGGGGCUACCAUCACAGCCAAAGAAAGACGCAGCCUCACCGGUAAGCUGGAAAGGGGAGAGAGAGCCACCUACUUUCAUGGAAGAAUGUAUCUGUGUUGGUGUCCGGUUCUUUGUCUGUCAGAUCUCCUUCGGCGUUUUCUCCGCCAGCAGAGUCUCAAGUCCGCCAUCCACUGCCUCAAGCGCAACCGUGAUACCAAGCAGACCUUCCGCAUGCACAUCCAGCGGGCCAUGACGCCCAUCCCACUGUCCCUUCCCAUGGUGCCGCCCCCCACUGCCCCCCCCGGCAAAGACAAGGGCGACCGAGCGGCCAUCACAGUGAGCGCCGCAUCGACGUCGGCGCUGACAAAGGACAGCACACAUGACGACAGAGAGAGGGACAAGGAGGGAGAGGACCAGCAGCACCACCAGCAGCAAGGCCAGGUUGUGAGGGGGAGGCGUGUUGUCAAGCCGGGGGGGAGUGACGAGCUGCUCGAGAGGCUCGCCAACACCAGACGACUCAGAUGGGCGUUUGCCGCCAUACGGUGGGUGAGACAAUUUGUCAUGGAUAAUGAAUGCAUACCCAUGUCUGCGAUCUCUCGUGCAUCCUUAAGUGCCUGGUGGUCCCUUGUAAGGGAGGAGAACGGUCGUCUGGCCACCUUGGGCGACUCGUUGGGCAAGUUCCACCGGUUCCGUGUGCAGGGCGGCACCUUCUACGGGUGGCUCCAGCAGACACUAACCUCACGACAACGGGGGCACACCAUCAGGCGGCGACACGAUGAGGGCAGGCUGCGGCGGGCACUGUAUGGGUGGUGUGGGGUGCGGCGGGACGAGAGGGAGAGGGAGGGGGCGGCGGACCAGAUGAGGGAGAGACUCCUGGACCAGGCCGCCGUGAGAAUCAUGUUCACAUGGAGAGCCGCUGCAAGGUCAGGGGGUAGGUGGGUCAAGGAAGGAUGCAUUGACACAAGUUCCAUGCAGUGGUCCUAUAUGUUUGUUGCCUAUAUCUUGCGUAGGCAUCGCAUUGUUCUGCGUGAGGCGUCCCAUGUCAUAGCUUGCCGGCACCAUGCCUUGCUCCGUCGGUGGGUGUGGCUGCUCUGGCGCGAAGCAACCCUAUUCGCCAUCAUGGAACGACAAGUGAGCGGCGCAACACCAUGAAUGAUGCCAAACCAUAGAUGUAUACCAUUGUCCGUUUGUUUGUCCUUGUAUGUGGUGCAGGCAUCUCAGCGUCACAUGUUCACGUUGCAGGGUCACAUCCUCCACUCGUGGCGGGAUGCGGCCACACGUCUGCGCGCCCUCCGCCACACCCGUGAGGUGUUUGACCGUCGUCGGCUAGGCCGCAUGUUUUCUCUGUGGCGUGCGAUGCACAUGCGGCGGGUGCGGGAGCGUCGCGAUUGUCGGUGCAUCGUGGGUCGGUGGCGGAUAUGGGCGAGGAUGCGCCGAACUAAGCGGUUCCUGCUGACCCACCUGCUGACCGACAGAAGGGUACGUGUUGGGGGAGGCAGGGAGGGACAAACAUCCACCCGUCAAUCUCUCAUCCAUUUAUCCAUGCGGUGGUGGUGGAACCUGUCGUGUUUAGCUGGUGACGGUGACGCAGUCGUUUCGUGCUUGGUAUCAUCUGGCCCUGCUGUUCAGACAGAGACGGUAAGCAAGACAGACGCGUACCCAUUGCAACGCAAAUCAUCACCAUACACUUUCCCAUUCCUCUGCUCUGCUCUGUCUGUCUCCACAUGCAUGUAUGUCCCCAUCAGUUAUUUCCAGGACCGCAUUCUCUCCCGCCCCCUUGAGGCAUCCUUCAACGCCUGGCGAGCGCACAUGCGACACAUUCAGCUCAGCCGACACGCAGUCAUCCAAACCUCACACUGUAAGGCAAGCAAGCGGCUGCAGCGCACGGCCUUCCACGCGUGGCGACUCCACACCCAUCUGAGUGCGUUCGUCCGCCGACACGCCCACCGCCGCAUGAGUGAGCUGUUUGCCGUGUGGCGCCGCACACACGUGCUCGGGACGAGGCUUUCGAGGGCGGUUGGGGGUCAGCAGAGUCGCAUCAAGGCGUGGGCGUGGGAUGCGAUGCGGCGGUGGGCACAAAGACGGGCUGAACGGAUGAGGCGAAAUGCACUCGCUGCACACAGGUGGGUCGGCGGGUGGGUGAGUUUGAGUGGUUCGGGUCACCUUCAUGGAUAUGUGUUUGGUCACGUGCAGGUGUGCGUUGCGCCGUCGGCGGCAGGCGUGGGUUUUGUGGCGCCGUGAGUACGACCUGCGACACAUGGAGUACCGCAUUCGGGCCAACACCAGACGACGCACACUCGCAAACAUCCUCAGGGUACCUGACUGCCCAGAGAUAAUACAUGGAAAAGACAAUGCUCUCCCCGCUUGGAUAUCCUUCUCCCUUUCCACUUGUAUGUAUUCAGUCGUGGCACUCAUGGAGUCUCUCCCGCAUAUGCGCCCGUCUCGCAGGCCACCAGGUCGCCCGCAAACACAACCACCUUCUCGCACGCCACUCAUUCACAGCGUGGAAGCGACGCACCGGCACUCGCCUUGUCAUCCGCUCACGCAUACGCAGCCGCAUCGACGCGCGCCAGUGUCACCUGUUACGGGAGGCGUUGCAGCACUGGCUUCGAGGUGUGUUGGGGGUGAGGUGGGCGGAGACCAUGCAGAGAUGGGACGAGGGUGUGCGGCUGAUGCUCGUGGCGAGGGGCAUGGCGCAGCUGAGGGACCUGGUGGCCAUGGACGUUCACAUGCAGCACCUGGCGCAGAGGGCACCAUGGCUGAGGCAACAGAUGGGCGAGCUACUCAGGUGAUACAUGAAUGAGGUCCACAACUGCUGUACAUGACGCAUGCACCCUAUGUCAGGAUUGACCAGAGGAGACUCGCCGACGCCCUGCACGCCCUCCGUACCCGGGCCUUCCGUGCGGCUCUCUGCCGUUCUCUCACCAGCCGUGCAUCGGACCACUACACACGCCUUGCGCCCUCUCGCGCCAUCUGUCGGUGGCACCAACGCACCGAUGUGAGGCGGCGAAGACGGCAGCUGUCGGCCUGCCUGGUGCGCAUCAGCGGUGAGGCCUGGCUGCGGCGCGUUGUGUGCGAGUGGAGGGGGGCUUCCAUACGGCUGAGAGGUGUGAGGGAUGGUGUGGAGCGACGACGGCAGGAGAAGCAGCAGGUCGUCAUGCGGGGCGUGUUGGCACACUGGAGGGAGCGCAUUCGGCACUUUACUGUGGGGAGGCGACUGAUGGAGAAACAGGUAUGGUAAAACAGGUAUAUCAGCACGAUGAUCCGUGGAAAAGGGGCUCUUUGUGUCUUGUAUGCUCUUGAUGGCACGCAGCUGCGAGUGUGUGCGCAUUGGUCGAUGGCCCACGGGUUCCAUCGAUGGAGAAGAUCCCUCGAGGUAGCGACCCAGAGACGUCAGGUGGCCCGCAAGGCCCAAACCGCCGCCAUACGCAUCAUACGCAUCAAGGUAAUGCCAGCAACGGAAAGAUGAGACAUCCAAACCGAUGCAUCUUACUCAUUGUCCGCGUCUCUCUCCUCCUCAGCAACAGCGCGCUCUGGAGCAUGCCAGAGCCUUUGUAUGCCUGCGUCACGCGGCCAAGAGCAUGCUGCUGCGGGCCUCACACCAGCGCACCAAAGCCCUCCUCACAGCAUGGAGGCGCGCCACAACAGUCAGACGUCGCCGUGCAGACAUCGGUGCCACGGCUGCCCGUCAGUGUGCGGCGAGGCGUGUGAGGGGCGUGUGGAGGGCGUGGCGGGAGCAGUUCGUCCACAUGCAGAGGCUCGCCUCACUUGCCGAUAACAUGAGGGCACAGCGGGAGGCAAAAGAGCUCGGUACGUGACCAAAGACACCACACGCAAUGAUGGACUGUCCGAUGUACACACUCGCGGAAUGCUUGACCGGGCGCGUGUGGUUCUCAGGCGGUGUGUUGGAGGUGUGGGGGAGGUGGGCGAGUGCGAGGAGGGAGGAGAGGGACAGGCUGGGGGCCAUCGCAGCCCACGUGAGGGCGCGACAGGUCGUGUCAUCGGUCAGCAAAAUCUUCCUCACGUGGCGACAAAGGGCUGAAGAAGUGGUCAGCGACCCACCCGCAAAGGGAAAAGGGACAUACACUAUAGCACACAUGCCUCACUUGUCUCUCCUCUCCCCUUGGUGUUUCAGCUGUGGCAUCGACGUCGUUCCCGCAUGCUGCUGGUGUUCUCUUCAUGGAAGAUGUACACGCGAGAGAAGAAGCUCCUGCGCAAGUACCUCCACGACACCAUCAACAACAGCUCGUCCUCAGCCUCAUCUCUCCAUUCGCCAUCCCGCAUGCUCUACAACGUCACACCCACUCCCCGCCCAUCAGCGCGUGACAGGGAGGGCGACACCUGGCGGUCGCCCCUCGCACUCCCCUCGGCUGGGACCCCACGGUUGGCAUUCAGGAGGCUCUCCCCGGAUGCUCAGCAAGGUACGUAGCCAGGUCUACAUCCAUUUUCUUCGCAUGUGUGGCUUGUCGUCAUUUCUGUGUCUGUGAUCGGGUAGGUAUGAGCGUGGUGACGUCCGAUCCGGCAUCGUCUUAUCGUCGGUCGCCCGUGGCGUCCCCCACUCCGCCUGUGGCUGCCCUGCCCCCUCCCUCACACGCAUUUGCCGCCCUUGCGUCAGCGGUGCGCAUGCCGCCGCCCGCCAACAGGACGCCCCCUCCCCUCCCACACGGCCCCUCCCCUCCCGGCUCCACCGCAUCCAACCUCUGGCGCAGCGAGCUGUCCAGCCCCGUCCCACCAUCCCCACGUAUCCAUGCCCUCCCCGCACCCACACCCAGGACCAGCACCCCACUACCCAUCCAUGGCCAUCUGCGUGUGCGUGAGGGGCCUCCUCCUCUGCUAUCCAGUUCUUCGCCCGAGCCGCUCGUUCGGUCAUCGGAGCUGUCGGCUAGUCUGGCGCUGCUGAAGCGUUUGGAGGCCCAGAAGAAAGAAGGGGCAGUGGCCGAGGAGCACACGCCGCCACUGGUCAAAAUGCUGCUCAACAAGGGGCGGGACGGCCAUACUCGUGCCAAGAGCGCCAAAGGUUCGCCUUUGCAGGAGGGUGAGGGCGGCGGUGUGGACGUGGGCGUGGCGGUGGCCAGCCCGGCAGCUCGGUCGCCCUGGAGCGACCCAGGGCUGCCGCAGAGGAUAGCCGGGCACCUUGAUUGAUGCCUUGGUGGAUUGAUUGAUUGUGCCCAGCGAGAUCUCUUGCUGGUCGCCCAAAUGUGGCAUCAAGAAAAGGACUAUAUGGGUGGGUGGGUGGGUAUGAGACGCGUAUCUGUGUGUUGUCCUAUUUGUAUGUAUCGCCCCUUGUAUAGAGCACACAUGCACUGGCAUGCAAGUUAUUAAAACUCGCAAAACUCGCUCAUGAUGCAUGACUACAUAGUGCUCAUCACGCACAAGACACAUGAUGGGCUCUCCUCCCGGCACCUAUUUCCCAUUUGAGGUGUGCUCAGGGACGUCCGACGCGCUGUUCUGCUUGUCCCUCUGCUUGUCGUGCAGGCUGAUUGACUCAUCGUCUUCUACCUUCAGCUCGAGAUCUGCCGCUUUGGCGUCGUGAUUUCCCGACAUCGCACCUACCACAAAUGUACCUGAGGUGAGCACAGAGCCAGAGCGAGAGAGGGG